CGUGCCGACCGGAGCUCGGAGCAGAGGAAACUGUCUGCAGCCUGUGGUUAAUAUGCUUCGCGCGAACCGGCUGCUCUUUUUAGGCUUUGUGUUUUGACUCAGUUGAUUUUAAAUGUGAAUAUUUUUUUGACAGUAUUCUUUUAUUGCCCCAGCUCCUCCGGCUCGCCUCCGGGGCCUUAUUCAUUAGUAAGCACAAUCAUCAGGUUACACGCUGCAGCGGGGCUACGUGACUGCGCUCAUUCCCCGCAUUACUCAACCGGGAAACGGACGACUUGGAAAUUCCGGCUCAGCAUCUUUUUCCCUUUUUCUGGGUCGCUUGGGACUUUUUUUUUUUUUGUUGGAUUGUUUUCUUUUUGUCGUCUGCAUCGGGAGCCAUCAACACACACCCCCGUCUCCAGUCUCAGACAUCGCGAAAUGAAACUCAGUUUUGCCAUCCAGACCGCGGUCGCGCUUUAUCUGCUGCUCUCACCUGCACAGAGUCUACCCUUGUCAGGCAUAAACAACACAACAGAAGUGCUGAUGUUCCAAGAAGUGUGGGGUCGCAGCUUCUGCCGGACCAUUGAGAAGCUGGUGGAGGUGGUGCAGGAGUACCCGACAGAGGUGGAGCACAUCUACAGCCCCUCCUGUGUGCCGCUGGUGAGGUGCGCGGGUUGCUGUGGGGAUGAAAACCUGGAAUGCCAUCCCACCCAGACCUCAAACGUCACCAUGCAGCUGUUGAAAAUCAGGCCAUCAGAGCCGGAUCAAGAAUAUGUUGAGAUGACAUUUGUGGAGCAUCAGACAUGUGAAUGUAGAGUCAGGAAACCUAUUGCGAAGGUUGAAAGGAAAAAGCAAAGAGGAAGAGGAAGGAAGAGAAAGGAGAGACAAAAAACGAAAGAAUGCGACAGGUGCCAGAUCCCUCGCAGGUAACUACAGUGGUGACCCAAACCCCGUUGCAGUGUGGCUCACUAUUUAUUUCAACCCAGUGAUGGCAUCCAGAGUCUCCUCCGCUCACCUAUCAAUACUGUGUUUGCACCCAGAGACUCAAACAGCUGGGUUGUUAUGCUGACACGCCCUCCUGCUGGCGGGCACAGCGUUUGUAAUGACAAGCUUCAACAGGAAGUGUGUUUUGAUUGGUGGAAACACUGCUGAAACAAUGGACAUGCUUGGGAGCCAGUGCAAUGUAGAACCAAACAGAUCGAUGCCUUCUCGUUUAUACUAGUUAUUACUGUAUCAGUUAUUGUAAUUUGUUUGCUUCUUUGGUUUUUAAAGGUGGUUUAAAGUCUAUAUUUAUUGAUGCAGCUGAAUAUAUGUGAACCAGCAGCCUUUAAAAAGUUUGUCAGCCUUUGUUCAGACAUUAUCCAAGAAGCCUUGACUCGUCAUAGCGUCACAUGUUGGACCGAGUGUGCCUCUGCUGUGAACAUGCAAUAAUGAAAUGUCUCCCUCUAGUGUUUAUGGAAACAGUGUUCCAAACUGCUCUCGAAAACUAUACAAAUGAAAUUAGACAUAGGACAGUGUUGUCAGUUACACGCAUCACCUUAUUGGAGUUUGACGUGUUUUACUGUCAAUUCAGACCUAAAUAAGAACAAAAUUUAUCAGAAAAGUUUUGUAUAAAAAACUGAUAUAUCAAACUGUCAAAAAUCUAACUUGCCCUUUCGAGUCUGUCUCUCUUUCUCUAAUAUUUUGGAGGGAUGGGUACAAUGUUAAUUACACCUGUUUUAUAAAUGAAAACGGAAUCUAAUGAUUGCUGAAUCCAUCCUGAAAGAAAGGAGCAAGUGAAAAGGCGAAUGGAUAACCAGGCCUGCAAGACAGAGUGUUCUAAUAAUACAAACACAUCAGGUGAUUUCAAAGCACACCAGGAAGUGUGUAGUAGCCUGCAGAGCGGACGUGGCAAGCCCAGUAGGGAUGGAAAGAUCAAUAGUGCAGUAAUCAAUACACUCAAGCGCUGCCCAUUUGGUAUUGGUGCCUAUUAAACAGUAUCAAUUAUAAUUAUUGUUUUCUUGUUUUAAUGUGAUUGCAAGGUUGUCACAGAUAUCAAAGCAUUUCUGUGCUUUGUGCAGUUACACAGCAUACAUUUGUGUCCACCCUGGUGACACAAGACUCCCAUAAGGCCACACCAGAGGUGUCUUCCUUUGUCUGGUUUUGGAAACACUGCAGUAAGGAAGGGAUCAAUUUAAGUAGUUACAUAAAAUGUUGGUCUUUUGUAAUUUUUUUUCAUGUACUACACAAAGAAAAUCUUUAUGAAAAUGUAAAAAGUAACAUUUUUACUGUGUUAGUAUUUUAUUUCAUUUGAAUAUUUAUUUUGUAAUUAAAUUGUUAUGGUUGUCAG